AUGGCUGAUAUUAGAGCAGCUUCUGCCGACGAAUUCCUCGACCGACCAUCUUGGAGAAACUUCAAGAUGUUUCCAAGAGACGCUACUGCCGGGCCAGUCCCGCUGCUCACGCCAGUUGGGCUGGCAGACGACUUUGCGACGUGGUACGAGAGUUCAACUUGGACAUGUGACAAGACAUGGAGCAAGGAGGCAAAGGGGGGCGAGGGGGGCAAGACAUGUAUUGUUGAACAGCUGGAGGAACCUCAGGCUGUUGUGAGCGAGGAUAACUCCAAGCAAUCGACAGUACCAGCACCGCCAGCAACGCCAGCACCGCCAGCACCGCCAGCACCACCAGCACCACCAGCACCACCAGCACCAUCAGUACCUCCACUGAAUCCUCGGCAAGCCUUUAUCGCUUCAAUCUCCAUUGCGCCAAAACUGUCGCCUUCAUCCUCUUCCUCCUCCUCCUCCUCCUCCUCCUCCAGCCACCACGCCCACUCGCCGACCUCCUCACCUCCAACGACCCAGAUCAUCUCUUCAGAUACCACAAAUUCACCUACCUCUCCACCUCUAUUUACAACCGAAUUUUUCGAGGCUCGAAAGUCUAAAAAGGGUGGCUUCGGAGCAUUUGCGACCAAAGACAUCGAGGAGGGAACAGUGAUCAUGACCGAGGAGCCGCUUUUCAAAGCGAGCUUCGUUGGGGUAUUUUUCGAGCUGGAGAAGUUGACUCUAAAGCAGCGAGAGCAAUACCGAACUCUGUAUGGCUUCAAACGGAUGUCUCCCGUGAGAGAUCUGGCAAUCUACAAGACCAACCGAUUUGCGACUCCAGAGGGAAGAGGCGGCAUCUUUCUUCGAAGUUCCCGGUUCAACCAUGCCUGCCAUCCCUACGCAACCUGCAGGUACUCUAUCAACCAGACGACCGGCAAUCUGGUUGUCACGGCCUGCAACGCAAUCAAGAAGGGUGACGAGGUCACCAUCUCAUACACCAACGCACCGUCCCAGCUUCCUGAUAAUUACGGCUUCUACUGUGACUGUCCCGGAUGCCCACCCCCCAGAGAGGCAAUGAAGCAUGCUCAGUUCCUCCGAGGACCGGCCCCGUGA